AUGGAGGGCCGUUGUCCACAAAUGUGCGCUGGUCAGCUGAUCGCAGCAUUGACACCAUGCGCGAACAAACACCCACCCAGCGCAAGUACCGGCUACGAUUUGCAAGAAAAAUUAAGUAACAUGGAACGAGAAAUGAAGGCCAUGCACAAAGAUCUUUGCUCUGUUAAACAGCGCACUGAGAAAGGCAGCUCCGCCGCCCCAGCAGGCGGAAAAAAUCCUUGUUGCUCUUGUGGUAAGAAAACACCAAAAGAACCCACGCCAGACAUCAACGAGUUGAAGGCCGAGAUCGAGAAAUUGAAAGAUACAAAUAGAGAGCUAUGUGAUGAAUUAGAAGACUGUCGUCUACAAGCUCAGGAUACCAUGGACCAGAUGGAUGAAUAUCGUAAGAAGUAUUUACAGGCCCAACAGUUUGUCGAGGAAUUGCGGAGACAAGUAGAUAUUCUGGAACGUGAUAAUAUGCGCAUCAGCGAACAAGUCAAUCAAGAACUGCAACGCGUUAAGAAAAUGUUUCAGGAUAAACUUCAGGAGCUGUCACCUUUACCAUUCAUACUGGAAACUACUCAACUAAAAUGUCAAGAAGCUUUGGAUGAGAAAGCUAAGCUCGAAAAGUGCAUGGAACAGAUGCGAAUAGAGAUGGGUUCUUGCAAGGAAAGAGAACGGUGUCUCAUGUGCGAAUUGGAUUCAUCAAGAUUAACCCAGAAAUCGUUAGAAGAAGACAACGCAGCUUUGAUGGCAAAUGUUAAAUCUAUUGAAACCAAAUACAACGAUUUACGUAACCAGAUGGAGUCGGAACUUCAAGGUUGCGCGGACAGCAUGUCGAGGAUCAAGGAGCUGGAACAACAAUUAUCAGAAGCACAAAGAGCUGUUCAGCAACUAAACACGGUACGUGAAGAAUGUGCAAGACAGGUUCAGAGAUUGAAAGAUCGCCACGAGGUCCAGAAGAAAAUGCUGCAAGAAAGAGUUUUCUCAUUGGAAAAGGAUUUAGCUUUGAAUCGUGCUGCGGCGAGAUCCGCAAUAAACGAUCGUGAUGAAAUUCGACAACGCAUGCAAUGCCAGAUCAACGUCCUAAGUGAACACUUUGAAGACGCACAACAGGAAAUCGAAGCCCUUCGUGGCCAUGUAACAGUAUUAAAAAAUUCUUAUACCAAUAUUUUGUCGCAAGGAAACGGUCUGGCAGGUCCAACAAAAGCCCCUGCAGAAGCAGCUGAUGCUGAUGAUGAUGAUGAUGAUGAUUGGGAGGAAGGUGGUGAUGAUGACUCUUCUGAAGCUGAUGACGAUGGACGAGUUUAUAAAAAUCCAAGGAAUUCACCAUCACCUGAUUGUCCAAGGGAUGAGGAACAAGCCACUUUACUAGGUCAGAAAUGUCUUCGAAAAUGUUCUUCAGACGAGGAUUGCAAGUCUAAGAAGAAGAAAUGUUUGUGUGAUGGAGCGUGUGGCAUGUCUUGCAUUAAACCAGACAAUCUGAACUCGCGCAGACCUUCAGUUUAG